CACGGAAGACCUCCGUCCAACACGAUCUUUAAAAUAUUUUGGACUACGCUCUGUAUUGUUAUCACUUAUUUAUAACACUAGUUUGCAUACAAACUUUCAUUGUUAUAACCUGAAAUAACACAAAAUUCAACAUAAGACGCAUCAGACCAAUAUAAGAUGUCUAAAUGCAACUAAAAUUUCAGUUUCAUUGACUAUUGAUGUGCUCUCUCUCUCUAAGAAUAGUUUUGUCCUACAAAAUUUGGUCACAAAAUUGGAGCAUGGUUCGCUUAUAGCAUUCAUUAAUUGGAGCAUGGUUGAUACUUGGUUUGGUGACUAUGUAAAAACCAGAAUCGAAAUCGGUUUUAGGCUUUUAGCUUAUUUUUUCAAUUCUGGUUUGACUACUAGUCAAAUCGAUCAGCAACAUUUUCAAAAUCUAUAUGAUUACCCCGUUCGUUUUGACCAAACCAGUCAAUAAACAAAAUUUUCAAUUUUUCAAAUCAAAUUAUACCAAAUUUGACCAAACUAUCCCAAAUUUGAUCAAAUAUAUUAAACCAUUGAAUCGAAAAAGCCAAACUAGUUGAAUUGAUUGAAUUCAACCAAAGUAUUCUAAUUUAUAUUAAUUUAAUUGAUUUUGACCAAAUUUAAACAAAAAAAAACUAAAAAGAUGGUUCAUUUUAGUAAAAGAAUAAGAACAGUGGAACCAACCAAAUUGAACCGGGCUAAAUUAACCGAGGUUGCAUCUAUUUACUAGGGGAAGUCGAAGUUCCUCGAGGGUUUAUGAGAGUAAGAUUAUCGGUUGCAACUCCUAAGAGGUUCUAAAACAAAAAAAAACUAUUAUAAUCAUUUAAUUAUGCUUUAAUUCUGUAAAACCAAUUGAAACCUUAAUCAAGUAACAUCUGUCAUUUGGAGUUAAGAACCGGUUGUUAAAACCUCUACGUUUAGAAUUUUUCUUUAUUCUCUCUCCAAUUUUAAUUAUUUUUUAUUUUUUUUAAAUGGUUAGAAUUUUUUUAGAGUUGGCCGAUGGAGCUGCUAUGAGGUUUUUUAGUCGCUCUCAAAAAUAAAAAUAAAAAUAAAAAUAAUACACAUGACAAUCUCUUUUGGGCUGUAUCUCUUAUGUAUGUCGGGCCUAGAACAUGGGCUACCUAUUAUCAUUGCGAAUUCGAGUUUCCUGUAAACCCUAGCAAAACCUUGUGAGCUCUCUCUAUUCACAUACGGUGAGCAAAAAUGGCUUGGCGCAAUGCAGGAUCUACCGCUCGUUCUUUUGUAUCCGCCGCCGCAAGAGCACCGUCUCUCCGGUCUCCUACGGCGGCGCUUCCUCGCCUCCGUCCUUCCCCAUCCUCCUUACCUGGCCGUCGCUCCUCCUUUUCAUUGCCCUCUAGGAACAUAGGAGCACUUGGUUGCACACAAUCUUUCUUGCCGCUGUACAGUGUUGUGGCUGCUUCUCAACUCACCUCCCACCUUAAUGUUAACUUGCGGGCUUUCUGCGAGCUGUCUAAUGGUACCUUCCCACGCACUUGUCAAGAUCGCUAAUAGUUGAGUGUUACUUUUCUUAGGAUUUCGUCAGAUAAUAUGAGAAUUAAGCGGGAAUUUUUCUUUAUUUGAACAUGCUAAAACUACGGAUCUUCUUGCGCAUUUGAUGUCCUUUCUUUUGGUGGUUCUGUCUGUUUGUGUGAAUUUUCAAUUAAAAGAAUUGAUUGGGAUUGAUAAAGAAUUGAAAUGGUGGGUGAUGCAAGUGGAUGAGAGGGAGUUCUUAUUCAAUUUUCUUUGUCUUUUUUUUUUGAAAAUACUCCAUUUUCUUUUUAGUUGUUGUCACAAUGGACAAACUAAAGCUUAUUUUUUGUACCAGAUAACAUCUUAUUCAUUUAAGCAGCCAGUUUUGUACUUCAGUCAUUACUCAAGCUUAAGAUAAGGGUUGUGAAUAGACUGAAUUGAGCUGUCUUUGACUUGACUUAAAGUUACAUAGUUCUUGAUUUUGAUCCUGAUAAAAUUUGGGUUAUACAACAAUUUCGUGUGUUUAGUUUCAUGGUGUUCUGAGUUGUGUUGUUAUUUUUAAACAAGUAGUCUUGUUUAUCAUACAAAAAUGAUGAAAUCAGUGUCGAAUAUACUUCAUACAUGAUAUGUGAGGCGGGCAAUGAAGAAUUGAUUCUUGGAAUGUAUACGUGUGACAGGUACUUGAAGAGGCUGAGAGUGUAUAAUGCAUCAGUGCAUGCAUCAGUUACUUUGAAGGUGUGUAAGAGAUCCAAAGAGUGGGGUUACCUCCGAAAAAAUCUUAAUCGUUAUGUUACUUUCGUUUUAGAAAUUUAACUUCCGUGAAAUCUCGUUAAUUAUUAAUAGCUGUAGAGCUUUUCGUUUGCUCGGCACAAUGGGUUAUCCUCUAGGUUUUUUUUUUUUUUUGUAUUGGAAAGAUGCAUAAAAUACUUAGCAUUAUCAAUAAAUGUUUUGGAUUA